GAAGACUUUCCGGAAGUUUGGCAAACCCGAGCUGAAAUCAAAUCAAACGCAUUCACGAAGCCAGUUAUUGCGAAUAUACAAGUAUUAAAGUAGUGUGCAAGUUACGAUUGUAGAAAUACAGACGUAUGUGAAGCGGUAGUAGUGUUAAAGGGUUGGCUGUAGUAUGUGCAGUUGUUAUUGUGAAGCAAGCGCGUAGAAAGUCGCCAAGGUGAAGUGGUUUAAGAAGAUCUUCAGGCGUUCGUCGCAACACUCCAACAAGAUGGACAACUACAGUAAUCUGUUGAUGGACGAAUGUCCGCCUGAUUUACGGAGUCCUGAGGAAGAGAUAAAACCACCAAUGAAGAAACAAGCCACAAAAGGCGUAGCGACAUCUUUCGGAUUCCGCAAAAAGCCAACAUCAGCACCACCCGCAUGCACGCUAACAACCAACAACCCCACAGCAGCAAGACGAUUAGCCAACGCAACCGAAUCAGUCGAUAGUAAUGGCAAUACCGGUGUAGAACAACCACACACAAUUCCAAUUUCCAGCCAUGACACAGCAUCUCUCACCUCCAACGCAGUGCCAUCCGGUAAAUCAACCCCACAUCGGCUCCCAGCACCGAAAAAAGAAGCGCAAGCCACCACCAAACCCAGCCGCUUCGGUUUCCGUCAACCUAACGCUAAUAGAUUAAACCGCGUCGCUGAUAUCAACAUAAAUCCACCAACACGCAUUGAAUACGCGAAUAAUAAUCAAGAACGUGAGCAAAUCGAGAACGAAAUCAAAGCUAAAGUUGAAAUGCAACAGCGCCAUCUACAACUGAUCAAUACAGAUUCAAAUAAAAAUGUCGGAAGAGUUGGAAAGUAUACUUUACAGACGAAUCAAUUACCAAGACCACAACCGAUUAAGUUACUCGAGAGUAAAACAGCAAAGACGCUGGCUAACAACAGUAAGAAACAAGGCGAAAAAGGACGAACUGCAGGCACAUCCGGUGAUGAAUCAUAUUUUACUGAAGAUUCAGGCGUUGGUAGCAACUGUGGCGAUAAUCAAAACAUCAAACAAUUGGAAAAGUCACCGAUGUCACGGAGAAUACGUAAUUCUAAGUUUGUCAAGCCACGAACACUCGAAGUGAUUGUAAAUAGAAACACUUUCGAUGUUCGUGACGUCGAUGACAACAUGGCCGACCUACCAGUGCCCACAUUGAGCAGUUUCAGUAAUAAUUACACUAGGAUCAGUCCUAGUACAGGAAACGUUCGUGAUAGAGCCGCGGAAUACCAACGCAAUGUAAUUGAUAAAAAAAUGACAGAAAAUCGUUGUCAGAUGCAAAGGAAGAACUCUUUUACAUCAUCAGAAGCUUCCAGUCACUGCGAAGAAGACCAACCUUUUAAACGCCUGGAAAAAAUCGCGAAAUUCAUCAAAAAACCGCAGGUUACACGCGAUGCAGGCAGUUCAGAUGAUCAAAUGUGGUCUUCGCAUGCUGGUGAAGCAAUGGCUGAGGAAUUCUCAUCGGUUUGUAACAGUUCCAGCGAUGAGAGCAGAGAUAAAGUCAUUCCAGCUGUUUUACCUGUUAUGGAAGCUUCAAUCGAGAGUCUGAUUUCAGCUAAAGCUCAUAAUAGACUCUCAUUGGUUGAUCCAACAUUUGCAGCCAUAGCUGCAUCGAAUAUCAGUGUACCUUUGAUUGCUGAUGAGCCGUCACCUGUUGACAGCAUCAACUGCAGUUCGUCAUCAACGUCAGAAAAUCAUGAAAGCUCCACUGGUAAACCUGAUAAUGAUAAAAACAGGAAAAUGAGUGCUGUGUCUUCUGAUUCGAAAGAUAUUAAUGAAAAGAACACACCUUCAAGUCCAGGGAGUCCAACAAACGCUUCCAAUUCUUUAUCUUUGUCUGAUGGUAGAGAAGACUUUCUGAUUGAUGAUGAAAUCGCUGAUCAACCAGCGUUGUUGUUCGAUGAUACGAUAACCAAUAGUAAUCAGCCGUCGGAAGCUACGUCGACGAUUGUUGAUUCCACUCCGAAAGCAUCCAGGAGAGCUAUGGGAGUUUAUGAGAGUAGUCCGUUGUCAUUGAAGAAUAGAAGAUUGGGCAGGGCACGGGCUGGGUCUUUAGAUACAUUGUCACCUUGUGAGAGUAUCGCUUCGGAUGAUUGUAUGAUGGAUUAUGACAUGAGCAGUGGUGUAGAGGAUGCGAAUGACAGGACUGAAACAAAUGGUCAUUUUGCCUUGGAUGAUGUACCUAUACGUACUGUGGACUUGAAGAUAACGAACGUGAUGAGGGAUUGGUCUUCACUCCUUUCUGGUUGUGAUAUUUCACGAGAUAAUAACAAGAGAAUGUCGUUCCGCUCGUCGCGACUCCUCAAGUCGCGCGGCGGCACACCGGCGUCUUCGGUGCCGGACUCGCCACGCUCGGACGUGAUGCGGAAGACGUCCGUGUCACAAAGCCCCCUGCGGCUCUCCAGCCGCUCCUCCACAGGCACCGGCUACGACUCCGACGAUUCGGCCAUCAUCCGACUCGAUCGUUCCAUCCUGCAGGACGUCAUUGGCCUCAAAACCGGAUUACUUAAACUCAAAAGAGUUUUACACGAGCCGGCCACUGAAGAUUACAUGUUGAGGUCAGAAACUCACAACUCAUUAUCCGAAAAUGGGUUCUUCAACGGCUACGGCUCCGACAGCGAUAAAGACCCCGAGGAAGUAAAUCAUCGUGAAGAAAUGGAAAACCUGCGUCGACAGGUUGUCUACCUGCAGGGGCAGCUGGACGAUUCCGAACGCACGACGCAAACACUCCGUCAGGAAAUCGUCUCUCUCAGCUUGAAGUAUGAGAGUUCGCAGAGUGCGCCCUCUUCCGUCACCACCACAACGUCCACAAGCUCCACCAGUGUAACACAAGCAGUACAGGUUUCCACAUGUAAUGCAGCAACACAAACCGAACGAAUUCGUCCAAUAUCAGCAGGACCAACGCUCCUACAGGAUGCCGCGAAUGAUCUAAGUCCAGGUUCUCUAGUCAGUGUCAGUGAACAGAAUCAAACACUUCAAACGCCACCGAGCGGCCGCUCGAGGCAUUCGCAAAACGCCGCAUCAUCGUCAAAGUCCAACCUGCAGUCGCCGGGGCGUUUGUGGCGAAUGCCAGGCGAGCCGGCGUCGCCGUCGGCCAUUCCGCGGCGAUCCAGCAGCCGCUCGCGGAUUGCCAACACGUCGCUGACAGCCACAUCCACCACAACUCCAACCUAACCUAACUUAUUCCUUCUUUUAUUUCCAUAACAUAAAAAUUAACCUAACACUGUUCUAGUAUUAAUUCUUACAAGAAAACCAACUUGAUUCCUUUGCAAUUGAUUGAAAUCUUACUGUAUCUUAAUACUAACUAAGCUAGAAUAGAAAGUGAACAAAACAUUGCGGUACUGAUAGAAUUUACGAGCGAAUUUGGAGAAUUAUAUCUAUAUCAUAGACAAAUAGGAUGAACACGACUCUGGGUGAGUGGAAUGAGGAAAAAACGUAGAGAUAUAUUUUUUAAAACAAUUUUGAGCGUAGAAUUUUACAUUUUACUGUUUAAAUUUGAAAAUUUGACAAUUUGACAUUUACGCAUUGAGUUUGGUUCCUACUUUAUCGACACGACUUAAAAUUAGCUGAAACAAGUUCGACGCCUGUGAUUUAUAGCUUAAUUUUCGCACUGGUUUAAUUUUAUGAUUUAUUUAUGAUGUUUUUUUCACCGAAAACAGUUUCCUACAUGAUUGUGCAAUGAAUUCGUGUUUAUAUUGAAUAAUUAAUGUAGUUGAUAGUAUAUUGUAGCAGAUGUAGAUCCUGUAUAUAUUUAAAUAAUUCUUAAGGUGAUGAAGAUUGAUGACGACGAGCUACACAUUGAGCAAAACAAACAAAUAACAGAGUCUCUUCCGUAUGCGUGUCAGGAUAAUAAUAUAAUUAAAUAAUAUCUAACGAAACAUUCAACAUCAACAACCGUUUAGUAAUGAUUGAAUUUUAAUUGUGAAUUUAAUGAUAUAUACACACUUUUUGGGAUGCGAAUUUGAAUUUACGAUGACAUUAAUUAUACGGUGAUAUUUCUGUGAAGUUGAUAUGGAAAGUAUUAUUAAUUUGUUAAAUGAAAUAUAAAGAAAUAAUUAACAGCUCCAUAUGUUGUAAGCGAUCUAUAAGGAUAAAUAAUAUCAAAUAAAUCAUUGACGAUGAAUUAAAACAA